CUUUUCUUCUUCGUCCUUCCUCAUGUAUGCUAGUUUUUUAUAUACUUAUACUUCGACUUCCGUUACUAAUACGAUUCUGAAUCGUAUUAGUAACGGAUUCAUGAAGAAAAGUGAACAGAAGGCAAGGCAGUACACACCCCUCCUAAUCCCCCAGUAGUCCUUGAACAGGCCCAAAGCAGGUCAGGUAGAAUUUACAUAAAAAAAUCUUAGUUCGCAUCGUUACAGUGCUAAAAUUCAAACAUCCCGCUGGGAUUUUACAUUUCAAUACUUUUGGGACGCGAGGGGCUAGCGAAUAGUUCCCGUAGAAGUCGGAGCAGAGUAGUAGCAUUUUUUCUGGAAACCAUCAUGGGGGGAACUACCUCUAGCAACUACUUUGCUUCUCUGCUCACGGCCCCGCUGAACAAGCUGAAGCAGCGCCAGCAAGAUUCUCGGCCGGGCAGUAUCCUGAGUAAAAACGUACCCACACGACCAGAGUCAGGAUGGGGAUUUUGCAACACAAACCGAGGAGUUUUGUGAGUCACGCAUGACAAGUUGCACUCUGCAGUGUAAUGCAGGUUAGCAAGUGCAGCCGCGUCACAGAUUCAUCUGCUCAUCCUGAGCACAGCAUCACAAAUUCCAAAACACGGUUGGAAAUGGCCUCAUGGGGAUGCGCAUUACAAGUCUUCCUGUCUUUGCAAAUCUGCAUUACAACUCUGGUGUGGGUACGGUUUUACUCAGGAUAGGCAGCUCGUCAUUCAAACCAGGGUCAGG